GGCUCUUGAAGGCGAAGGAGACAUGGGCAACUUUCAUCCAACCAUUCGACGGCAUCACGAUUUCAACGCAGAGCGAGAUGCCAAAAAGAUACAUAAAGCUUGCAAAGGGAUGGGGACCGAUGAAAAGGUUAUCAUUGAGCUCCUGUCCACGCGUUCAUCAGACCAAAGGCAACAAAUGAAACAGACAUUCAAGACCAUAUAUGGCAAGGAUCUGGAAGAAGUUCUUAAAGGAGAGCUGAGCGGGAACUUUGAAAAGGCAGCAUUGGCCCUUCUGGACAGGCCAUGUGAAUAUGACGCCAGAGAACUUCGAAAAGCAAUGAAAGGAGCAGGGACUGAUGAAUCUAUACUAAUCGAGAUCCUUUGUACAAGGGUGAACCAGCAAAUCAUAGCCAUAAAGGAUUCCUACAAAAAUAUUUUCAGCAGGGAUCUGGAAUCUGAUGUUCAAAGUGAGACAAGUGGAUCCCUAAGAAAGAUCCUUCUGUCUGUCCUGAAGGCUAACAGAGAGGAAGUGUUGGAGAUCAAUGAGAACCUAGCUAAAACCGAUGCUAAGGACCUUUACGAAGCAGGAGAAGGUCGCUGGGGGACAGAUGAACUGGCUUUCAAUGAUGUCUUGGCAAAGAGGAAUUACCUGCAGCUCAGAGCUACUUUUGAGGCCUACAAGCAGUUGACUGGCAAAGACAUCGAGGAUGCUAUUAGCAGCGAAACGUCUGGAGAUCACAAGAAGGCUUAUUUAACUCUUGUAAGGUGUGCAAGAGAUUGCCAAGGAUACUUUGCUACCCGUCUCUACGAGGCUAUGAAGGGAGCAGGAACGGAUGAAGAAACUUUGAUUCGCAUCCUGGUGGCAAGGGCUGAGAUUGACCUUCAAACAAUCAAGGAGGAGUUCCAGAAAAUGUACCACAAAUCUCUGGCCGAAGCCAUCCGAUCUGAUACUUCAGGAGACUUUCGGAAGCUGCUGGUCGCGCUGCUGCAUUAAGAAAGCAACCCUGAGUAUAUCAACUUGGAAUUAAGUGCCGUUGUAUUUAAUGGUAUUUUGUCCCAGGAAGGUGUUCUUAGGAUAGCUCUUUAAGGAUGUGUAAUUCUUAUCCAUGAGCAAGCCCCAGUAAUUGAGUUGGAACUUUCUUCUGAGUAAGCAUGCACAGGACUGCACUGUGCAUCACAAGAGCUAGCUACAUCAUAUGGUUCUUUUAUAAUAGAUAGGAAGUAUUGUUAUCCCUGAAAUAAGUCAGAUUUAUUUCUUUUUAUAACCACAAAAUAUGUUUCUGCGUAA